GCUUAACGUUUACUACACAAAAUAUUGUGAAAUUCACGUGUUGACUUUUUUGUUGAAGAUGUAAAUCGUGAUACAGACACACAGAACAUCAACGAAAUGGGGAAGAAGAAACAAGCAGGGAAUCUGGGAAAGAAACUGAUCAGUGAUAGAUUUGGAAAACGAAAAGCUGCACCAAGGGGAGAAAACUUUCUCCAUACCAGUGAACUGCAAGAUGGGUAUGACUGGGGACGUCUUAACCUCCAGUCUGUCACAGAACAGAGUAACCUUGAUGAUUUCCUUAGUACAGCAGAACUAGCAGGAACAGAGUUCACUGCAGAGAAGCUGAACAUAACAUUUGUAGAUAAAAACAAACAUUCAGGACUGUUGACGACUGAGCAGAAAAUAGAGGUUGAAGAAUUGCAGAAUAAGCAUAGAAAUGUACUCAAAAUUCCAAGAAGACCUGCCUGGACCAGUACCACAACACCAGAGGAACUAGAUCGCCAAGAGAAAGACUCAUUCUUGGAAUGGAGGAGGACGUUAGCAAAACUACAAGAAGUAGAGGGUAUUGAAUUGACACCGUAUGAAAAAAAUCUUGACUUCUGGCGUCAGCUUUGGCGAGUUAUCGAAAGAAGUGAUGUAGUGGUUCAGAUCGUCGAUGCCAGAAACCCGUUGUUGUUUCGCUGUGAGGAUCUGGACGCUUAUGUCAAGGAGGUAGAUCCAACAAAGAUUAGUUUGAUUCUGAUCAACAAGGCAGACUACCUAACACCAAUACAAAGAAAUGUAUGGUACACAUAUUUUAAAGAGAGAGGAGUGCAAGUGGCAUUUUGGUCGGCACUGGAGGAGACUGCACGUCAAAAUGAGGAGAAAGAAAAUGAAGAACAGAAGGACAUGGAUCAGUUAGAAGAGGAAGAGGAGGAGGAGGAGGAGGAGGAUAGUGAAGAUGAUGAUGAGAUGGACGAUAACAGCGAAAGUUUUCAAAGUGAAACGAACCAAGUGUCAAACGAAGUUACAGAAAGACUGCAGACUGAUCGUGUUGUUAGUGGUACAGAAAAGGAAGGUACAUUUAUUGAUACAGAAAAGGACAUGGAUACAGUAACUACGGACAGUGAGAUCACCCAAUCACAAGGAAAUUCCGAGGACAGUACGACAGUUCUCAUGGACAGUGAUGCCAGUUUAACUGACGAUACACAAGCGGGUGCCGUAGGUGGUGAAUGUGAUGACUGUGGUGGGGAAAACGAUGAAUCCUCAGACUUCUCAGAAGGCGGAGGGAAAAUUCUGAAUGGGUUAGAGUUACUUGAAGUAUUUAGAUCUCUCCAUACAGGAAAAAAGUGCCAGGAAGGACAGACAACUAUUGGAAUGGUUGGUUAUCCAAAUGUUGGCAAGAGUUCUAGUAUCAAUGCUAUCCUGAGGACGAAGAAGGUUCCCGUGUCAGCUACUCCAGGACGGACUAAACAUUUUCAGACCCUGUAUGUGGAAUCAGACCUAAUGCUGUGUGACUGCCCAGGACUUGUCUUCCCCUCCUUUGUCUCCACGAAGGCUGAGCUGGUAAUCAACGGGAUCCUUCCGAUUGAUCAGAUGCGGGACCAUGUGCCUCCAACAUCUCUUAUUUGUCAACUGAUCCCAAAAUCCAUCCUUGAGGAGACCUACUCCAUCAACCUGCCUGAACCAGCUGAAGGAGAGGAUCCAAAUCGUUGUCCGACAGCUGGUGAACUCCUCAAUGUGUACGGAUACAUGCGAGGCUACAUGACAGCGAAUGGACUUCCAGAUUGCCCAAGAACAUCACGAUAUAUCCUCAAGGAUUUCGUCCAUGGAAAGCUGUUGUACUGUUAUCCACCACCAGACGUAGAUGUGGAGACUUUCCACCCGACACGUACCACGGUUACCUCGAAGAAAAGAGCCCCUGAUAAUACCCCAAUGUCAGUUCCAAAUAGACUUGACAGGGAGUUUUUUGCCAAGGCCGAUCCAAAGAUUCAUUCCAAAGGCAGUAGGAAUGUACCAAACUAUGUGCGGAUUGAAGGUCUGACCCAGGUGGGAGCUGGGUCGAGUGUUGAGUCCAGUCAAACAUCUUCUCCAUAUGGCAGUAUGCAAACUCUCAACAUUGAAAAACCGUGGAAAAAACACAACAACAGAGGGAAAAAGGAAAAGCUAAGGAAAACUUUUCACCAUCUCGAUGAUGUUGGAAAAUACUGAAAUGUGAUUAUGUGUGACUCGAGUCAGACCAGUAUGAUUGGUGUAACUGCUGCUCAUGCAGAUAGGUAUUUCCUGGUCCCUUAUGCAGAGUGAUGGGAUUGGUAUCUUUUCGGUCAGCAUGUUGAAUUGAAGAGGUAUCUUGGGGUUUAUUGGUCACCAUGGCAACGAUAACUUGAAUUAUUGUUAUAAACACAAGCUUCAAACUUGUAUAGUAGUCUUACUCUAUUAAUAUGAUAUAUUUUUAUAUAGAGGUUAAUAUGUGUACUGAUUUAUCAUCAAAAUUGUGUCCGUAUCCUCUUCAAUUUUAAUGGUUUUACAGCAAGGUAAUUCUAUGUAUAACAUAACGUGGACAAAUUAAUUGAUUAUUUAAGAUUUGAUGAUACCCUGCUAUUUUGAGGUAAAACUUAAUUCAGAUUUUUGUACCAUACUUGAUAUAGACCUUCACAAGUUAGGGAGGCUAUGAAUUUUUUACCCAGACUCACAAUAAAAAACUUGUGUGUCAUGUCAGGAAAUUUCUCUCAAAAUUUGCCUAUGAAAUGAGAUAGCAUAUAAUUUUAAAAUAAUCUUGUCUUUGUCAAAAACCAAACUUUAUCACCAUGGUUUUUCUACAAUUAUUUGGUAAAAUAGACUAAUGAUUUGAGCUGUGUACCAAAACACCUACUUAGAGCAUUCUAAAUCCUGUAAAAGUGAAAGCAAUGUAAUUCAAAGUUCAGAUGAAAAGUAACUUCGAAAAAUGAAAUGUUUGAUUUAAAGUAUAACAUUUUUAUUGGUAAACAUAGCAUUCACUUAAACAAUGUCAGAUGUCAUUGUUUUCACAAUGUGGCAUACAAUUGUUUGUUAUAUAUUACCAUAAUUUUUUGUUGAUCAUGCAGGGAAUGAGAAAUAAAAAAGUUUAAAAA